AUGCAGAGAGCUGACGUCACCGUGUUUGACAUGGUGUUGCUUAGCCCCCUGGAUGCCACCAGGGUGACGGUGCACACCCACAGCCCCAAACAGGGAAACAACUACGUGACUCAUGUUAGACUGCAGAUUCUCCCAACGGGGGACUCUGCAUCCAGGGAGGAGCAACAACCCAGUGCGCCUAACAACCAAUCAUCACCCCCUCCUCUCAGGCUGCUGCUCUGUACGGGCCUGGAGCCGAGCGGGAACACGCUGCAGCUGAGUGAAACUGUCACUUCCCGAGCGGCUCCGUGCAGAUGUCGCCCUGUGGUCGGUGGAGACAAGCAGGAGUCGGACCGAGGCUGCAGUGACAGGACAGGAGUUUUAUUUUUUUUAUUGCACCUAUACAUCACCGCUGAGGGACGAGUCAACUCCUGCACCUCCGUCCUUGUGGCCAGAAAACAAGACAUGAAUAAUGGAUGGAUCUCUCGCCCGCACUCAGCAGGACUCCCCAGGCAGCUCAGACCAGAGUAG